AUACGGCAGAUUCGCGUCGUAAUGGGAUUGUGUCACUGUUCUUGCGUUUCAAAACAUAAUGGUUUAACAGCAUUACAAGGACCCGAAGUAUUCCGUAGCAGCAUUAAAGAUAAGAGUGCUGAUUGGAAAUCGUACGAAUAUCCAUUCGAAAAUCUCGUCUUCUCCGGGGGCGGUAUUAAAGGCUAUGCCUAUAUUGGAGCAUUAUACGUAAGUAAUUUUUUUUAAAGAGUAAUUAACAUUGAAAAAAUUUCAACUGCUGACACUGGAAAAUGUUAUUAAUUUAAUUGUAUUUGAUCUUCCAUUUCAACAAGGUAAAAAAGAGGUGUUAAUCCUAUUUCGUUUUGUUAACAUUCUACAAUAGGCUAUGAAAUAUUUGAAAAAUCUUGUAGAUUAUAUUAAAAUAUCCGUGUUUAUCUCUCUACUUGCUUUAAAACAUUAGUUAUAAAAUGUAUAUCCUUAAUCUAUGUCAUCUUUCUUUCAUUCAUUUAAUGUUCAAGAUUCGUUAAUUCUUUGAAUCAGGAAAAAAAUUUGAUUAUUCAUCAAAAAAAAAAAAAGGUUAACAGACGAUAAGAAAAUAACCUGUAUUGUAGGCUUAAAAUCAGAAUGUUAAGAUCGAUUUAUAUAGCACAGUCUGGGGGUUGAACUACAACAAUUGUAUAAUAUUGAACAAUAUAAAGAAGUUCCAAUAAUCAAUUCAUUUUAAUUAGAUGUACUUGAACUUGAAUUAUAUGACUUAUUUUCUAUAUAUCUAUAUCUAUAUACAGUAUAUGCUAUAGACACGCUUGAUUGACGACUGAUAAAACUAGUACUGAUAGUUUCUUAUCUAAUUUAUUAUAAUUAAAUAUUUCUUCAAUCAAUUGAUAAUCUAAUAAAAUCGAUAUCCCUAUCGUCCAAGUAUUUCUUUUAUUUCCCCUUUAACCAAUUCCACAAAUACUUCUUUUAUAGGCUUUCGAAGAAACAGGAAUUUUGAGUAAUAUCAAGGGAGUUUGCGGUACAAGCGUUGGAGCUAUUUGUGCAGCAUUAAUAUCUAUUGAUACUCCUGCAAAAGAAAUUGAAAGGUUGUUCCUAUGCAGUCCGAGAUAUCUUUUUCAAGGUAUAAAUCGAUAUUAUUAAUGAAUAUUGAAUCUGUAAAAACCUCUCCUUUUCUCCAAAUUUAUGAAUGAUUUAUGCAGAUCAAUCAUGUGUUUUUUGUUUAUGGCCGUGGACGCUAUGGAGUAGAUUCGGAGUGCAUCCAGUAAAAAGAUUCUAUCGUAUCUUUGGUGAGCAUAUUGCUAGAUUCGCCGGAGAUGCUGAUAUUACAUUUGCGCAAGUUAAAGCUAAAUUUGGAAAGGCAUUAGUUAUUCCCGUUACAAAUGUUAGUAAAAUGAAAGUAGAAUAUUGUAGCCCUCAAACUACACCUGAUUUACCGAUACGUAAAGCUGUGAGAAUAUCGUUGUCAUUUCCAAUUUUGUAUGCCCCCAUUCAAAUUGAUUUAGGAAUUGGGAGUGGACUCUGUAGUUAUUCGGACGGGGGUUUAAUGGCUCAAUACCCCAUCCAUAUUUUUGACGAAGAGCACGACUUUACAAAAUCAAUGAGAGAUUUAGUAAAACUGAGAAGUGGAAGAAAGUAUACUUUAGAAAGUCAGAAUCAUACACCAAAUCCAUCUAGGCACAGAAUGUCUAGUAAAGAAGAUGGAGGAGAUGUUGAAAGGAAGCAAUCGAUUACAGAUAACACAACCAGAUUAACGCCUGAAGCUUCGCUCAAUACAAAAAGUUUAGGCCUUUAUGUUGUUUGUGAAACGGCUAUUGAAUAUCAAUUAUGGAAGAAGAUGUUCAGCUGCAAUGUUCCUAGAGCACCGAAAGCUGUUCCUAGAACUAAAUUAUCAAAAGCGAGGGUAAAGUUUACAAAAGUCAGUUCAAAGAGAUUCCAGAAAUUUCGUAAGAGACGGGAGUUGAAUAAAGAUGGAGAAGUUGAAGCGGAAGAGGAUAAGCUAAAGUUGUUCGAUUUUAAGGCAAAGAAAACAGGAGCUCAUGGAGAUCCGGUAACCUCUUUUCCAACAUUUGUUAUGGCGACACUGGAAACUAUGCUUGUCAGUCAAAGGAGUUGUCAUAUGCAACCAUUUGAUCAUCAUAGGACAAUUCCAAUCAACACUGGAUAUAUUUGGACAAAUGACUACGACUUUGAACCGGAAGAUAGAGUAUUUUUACUCCAAGAAGGAUACGAUAGUACUGUAAAAUACCUAGAAAAUUAUAUGAAACGUCAAAGCUCUUCCAAAGAGAACAUUGACGAACUAGCAGACGAAGAGGACGACAAAACUUCUUCGUGUUCGGAUGACGCCAGUGACAAAAUCUUUAAAGACGACGAAGUUGAAGAUGAAAUAUUUAAUCCAGUUACCGCACAGUAUGAGCAUUUCGAAGCCUCAGGAACUUUAUCACACGCUCUUGCCUCUGUAGGAAUAAGGAGAAGACUUUCGCACGACAGUUCGCAUUCAAAAUAGAAUUUUUUUUCAAUGAAAAUUUUGACAAAUAAAAACAAAACAAAAUGAAAAUAAAAGAUAAUUUGACCUUUUCCAAUUAAAAUAUUAAAGUCAAAUAAAUCAG